AUGGGUACAAAAUUGAUGAUUUUGCUGAGCUUUUCCCUUCUACUCUUUGGCGCAAACUGCUACAGUAGAAACCCAGAAAAGGAGGGACAUGAAGAAGAGGAAGAGGAAUCUCCAGAAGAGACUCUGUUCAAGUGCCUGAUGUCGUGCGAGAAGCAGAAGAAGAACGAGAGAGAGUUGAGCCCGUGUGAAGAGAUAUGCGUGAGAGAGUAUAAGGAUGCCAAGAGACAACAACAGCCCGGUACCUUUUUGUUUACUAAAACCACCAUCAACCCGAAGAACAAUACAAAAGGUGCCAAAGCAAAUGUGCAAUACAAGAACAUGGACAACAAAGGCAAUAUUGCCAGCAAAAAUGCCAAUGGCAAUACGAGAAACAGAAAAGAGAACAUGAAGGGCAUGGAGAAGGAGAUGAAGCGCUCAACUCCAAGAAGAAAUUUGAAGGGAAAGAUGAUAGUGAUAAUCCCUACUUCUUCCACUCAAGGUUUGAGUCCAAGUACAAAACUAGAGAAGGCCACAUCAAAGUUCUUGAAAGGUUUUCUGACAAGUCAGAGCUCCUCAAAGGGGUCGAAAAUUACCGUUUGGCCAUUCUUGAGGCAAAUCCUAAUACCUUCGUCCUUCCUCAUCAUUGUGAUGCCGAAUCAGUUCUUGUUGUUGUUGGAGAGGUAUUCCUUCAACUUGAAACAGGGGGAUGUAAUGAGGGUGCCUUCGGGUUCUCUCAUGUACUUGGUAAAUCAAGAUGACAAUGAGAGGUUAUAUGUUUUGAAGCUCUUGCAGCCUGUGAAUACACCUGGCCGUUUUAAGGAAUACUUUGGUGUUGGGACAGACUCUUUCUUCAGAACCUUCAGCAGUGAGAUACUUGAAGCUGCCUUUAAUAGUCCAAGUGAGAGGCUGGAGAAGUUUUUCGGACAGCAAAAGCAAGGGGUGAUAAUAAAGGCCUCGAAAGAACAAAUCAGAUCAUUGAGCCAAGAAUCCGAAUCCACCACAAGUGAGGAUUCGUGGGAACCCUUCAAUCUUCUCGAUCAACAGCCCUUAUUCUCGAGUAAUUACGGGCACUACUUUGAGGCCUCACCAAUUGAUCAUCGGCAGCUGAAAGAUUUGGAUGUAUCCAUCGGUUUCAUGAACAUCAAGAGUGGUGGGAUGGUGGCACCUUACUACAAUUCGAGGUCCACGAAGCUCGUGUUUGUGGUGGGAGGCAACGGCCAAUACGAAAUGGCAUGCCCUCAUCUCUCGGACCAAAGCAAACACAAUUCACAAGGGCAAAAGGAAAAGCAAACUGGCGUACAUUAUGAAAGGGUUAGCGCCCGUUUAUCUAUAGGGGACGCUUUUGUCAUCCCGGCAGGUCAUCCAAUAGCCAUAUUGGCCUCACAAGACUCCAACUUGCAAUUAGCUAGUUUCGGGAUCAAAGGUUCUUUUGAUCAAAAACAUUUCUUAGCCGGACAAGAGAAUAUAUGGAACGAGGUCGAGCCGGAGGCCAAGGAGCUGGCCUUUAAGAUGCAGGCAAGAGAGGUUGAGGACAUAUUUAGAUCACAAGAGGUGUCCUACUUUUUGCCUGGUCCAAGACAUCAUGAACAAAAAGGAAAAGGGCAAUAUGUGGCCUCUAUUUGGGACUUUGUUGGCUUUGGAUAAAAGAUGAAAGCUUGAGGGAGCUUUUCUGUUAAUAUUGAAAAUAGAGCAAAAAUGAGAAUGAGUGUAAGUAAAUAAGAAGGGACUGAAAUGAAAGUUGGAGUUGCCCAACUUUUUAUGUAGUCUAUGUGUUCUCAAUGUAAAAACUAAAAACUGCUUUCUCUUAAGAAUGAAGCUUCCCA